GCUGCUCACUGCUUCUCUCCUCCUUCCCUCCCACCUCCCCCCAAUUACCCCACGUUUCUAUCUUCGCCCUACGGACUUGGUCCUGCUUCUUUAUUCUAUCCUCUUCUUUCCUCUUGGGCGCUCUUUUACUUGCCUCUUUUGCUCCCCUUUCUCUUUAACUUUCCGUCCACGCCCACACUCACACCACCCCCCCCCUCCUACCCUUCCGCACCGGUCCUGGUUGAUGGGUGUUAGUCUUUACUGGUGAUCGUCGUCCCCGUUUUCACUUGUACAUCUCACAGCUUCUUCGACAAUCAUGUCAAGUCGUCAACAGAUUGAUUCCGUCAUCGACGAUGACGACGAGUUCUGCCCUCUCUGUAUCGAAGAGUUCGAUCUAUCGGAUAAGAAUUUCAAACCUUGUCCCUGUGGGUACCAGAUUUGUCAAUUCUGCUACAACAAUAUCAAAACCCACAGUGAGGAAGGCCGGUGCCCCAACUGCAGACGUGUCUACGAUGAAAGCACCAUCCAGUACAAGGUCCCUGAUGCCGACGAAUUCAAGGCAGACCUCGCCCUCAAACAUCGCAAAGCCGCCGCUGCGAAGAAGAAGGAGGCCGAGAAACGCGAGAUCGAAGCCUCCAGUCGGAAGAACCUGGCCGGUGUUAGAGUCGUGCAGAAGAAUCUCGUUUACGUGAUUGGUCUCAACCCCACAAUACGGGACGAGAGUCAGCUGCUGCAGACGCUCCGCGGCAGAGACUACUUCGGUCAGUACGGUGAUAUCGAGAAAAUUGUCGUUAGCAAGGCAAAGCCCGGCGGCAACCCGAACCAGGGCAUCGGCGUCUACGUGACAUACGCGAGGAAGUCGGAUGCCGCAACCUGUAUAGCGGCGGUCGACGGGUCGGCGAAUGGUGACCGGGUGUUACGGGCGCAAUACGGCACCACGAAGUAUUGCUCGUCAUUCCUCCGCAAUGAACAAUGCCACAACCGGAACUGUACCUUCCUGCACGAAACCGGGGAAGAUAGCGAUAGCUAUAGCCGCCAGGAUCUUUCGUCCAUGAAUACCUUGUCCAGUCAACGGCCAAACGGAGCACCGACUCCACCCACCUACGCAAUCCCGCCGCACGUUACCCGGACCUCUGCUCAACCUUUGUCGCAACCGAUGCGCCGUCAACCCAGUCGGGACGAUGCCGCUGGCAGUCGACUGCCCGAUGGCCCCGCUCUCCCCUCGUCAGCUAGCUGGGCGAACAAGGAUGCUGUUUUGAGUCGUGCUAGGCGGGCUAGUCUCACAGGCAGUCAAGCGUCACAGAGCCCUCGCCCUGCCAAUGCUACGGUCGCGCCUGUCCUGGAAGAACCCAAACCGGUGGAGAAAUCGCCGCCGUCUACGCAGCCGGAAGCGGUUCAACAGUCGCCCUCCCCUCCCGAGCGAAGAUCCUCCACUCCCCGUUCCCCUGAGGUCGCCCAGACGCCUCCCCAACCUGAGACCCCUCUGCUGGACAAUCUGGUCAAGGCUGUCAACUCGCCCGACUUCAAGUUCAUCUUCUCGGCGGCUGGCCUGUCCGCGGAAGAAGUUACCCUGAUCGAAAAUCAUCCCUCGUUCAUCGACCCUUACGGUGGUGUCAAACGCCGCGCCAUGCGCGAAAAGGCCGAGCAAGAGCGCGCCAGACGGGAACAGGAGUUGCUUCAGUCAGCCGCUGCCGAGGAAGAAAGUCGGGAGAGCGGAAGCUUGCAGCUAGGUGGUGAGCCUGAUGAUGUUAUGCCUCCUCGGGGUCGCAGCGGUCGUGAGUCUCACGGUGCCAUUCAACCCCCCUCCCAGCAAGGCACAACCGAGAAUUCUGCCGUGGGCUCGCCUGUCUCUGCCACAAGCCACCAGUUCCAACAACUUCGUCAGCAACUCAACCUGGCUGGUCGCAGUCUGACUCCCCUGCAACAGCAGCAGCUACUGAUCCUGAAGUCUGCCAAUGACCGGGCUACCCUUGAACAGCUGCAGGCGGGGCUUGGCUCUGCUGCUCUGGAUCAGGCUGCUCAGGUCCGUCAGGGUCUCCUCCAGAGUCAAAUGGCGCAGUUCAAUACGCUCCAGGCACAGAAUCGUCAGAACUCGCGCUUCUCUUUCGCCAACGAAGCCAACUCAAAGAACUUGCCAAAUGCCCGCAUGCUGAGCCAGCAAGCAUCGUUAAUGCAGUCGGCUGGAACGCCCAACCCUCUCGCGGCGCCCAGUCCACAGCACGGACUUAGCGGCGGCUACUUCGCCAGUGGUGUUCAGGGACCACCUCCGGGCUUGAAGACGGCUGGUACGCCUCCGAUCAGCGGCGGUGGCAUGUUCGCACAAGGACACGGUUUUACCACCAACAACAGUCUCGGACUCGGAGGCAGCAUCGGCAAGCAAGAAGCGAAUCCCGACUUGAUGCGUGAGUUGCUGCGUGGCCGUAACAGUGCCGGUGCCAGUGGUUUGCAGGGUCAAGAAGCCGCCAAGCUUGACGAGGAGUUCCCUCCUCUUGGAGCGCAGCCGAAGGACAAGCGUCCGGUCGACACCUUCGGAUUUCUUGUUCGCUCACAAUUUGCUAGCGAUUCGCAAAGCUCUGCUCGAGCCGGAACGCCCACUUUACCUCCAGGCCUUCCCCUCCCUCACGCUCAUCCCGCAUCAGCUUUGUUUCAAAGUCCAUUGAAUCCAUCCAGCCCGACUACCUCGGUGUCCGUGCCGCCAGGACUAAAUCCACCGUUUUCUCGAUCAGGAACUCCGUCUCAAGCAUUCCAGGGGCUUAUCUCUCGGCAACAGUCACCCGAGGUGAAAGAUACGCCCGAAGAAGUCCCCGCGUCUAAUCGGGUCAAGAACGUUUCUGAGAUAUCAUUGGGCUCUCCUGUACCCAAAUCCGCCAGCAAGGCUCGCUCGCAACCAAAGAGUGACCUAGCCGUUGCAACGGACAAGGAGAACGUCGGCGCGUCCAAGGCUGCCUAUGCCAAUGAGAAGACUGUGUCUACCCCGGUCAAGACCAAGCCUAUUAAGCUGGAACUUUCUCUGAAUACUCCUCAGGAUGCCCUCAAAGCAGAGCAGGCGGCUCCUAGUACGCACGGACCAGCUCCAGUUUCCGCGAUUGGCUCUCGUCCCAACACCCCAUUGACAGGACCACGGGUGCUUCGGGUGGUCGACACGCCUAAGACGGAGACUCCGCCUCCUCCUUCUGCCCCUCAAUCUGUUUCGUCUUUGCCGGCCGCGAACAAAGUCCGGUCUCGGCGCCCCAGCAUCUCUUCCAUGAGCAGGCCAGAUACCCCAGGCGACUUGGGAUCCGAAGCGGAUCUUUACACUUCGGCAUCUGUGUCUCGUGCUAACUCCCCUCCCGCCUCCUCCCGGAUCGGCUCUGCUCCCGUCCGGGCUAUCACCAAGAGCCAAGCUAAGAAAGAGCGACGUCAGAAGGCCAAGGAGGCGGAAGCCAAGAAGCACGAGUCGUCUACCAUAGCAGAAGAACCCGUUCAAGCUCCCAUCAUCGGGCGGAAGCGCAAAACCAAGAAGACUCCUGCGAGCACUAGCGAAACAUCGACUGCAGGACCCGAAACGGCCACGGAAGCUGCAAAGCCUAGCACUCCUGGUAGCUUUGAGAGCGACGAGAAGGCACAACAGCGGCCUGAAGCUGUCAAGAAGAUUAAGUCCAAGGAGAAGGUGUCUCAGGUGCCCAAGCCUGCCCCAGCCGAGGAGAAAGCCACCCCCGAGCCUAAAACUCCUGCUGAGGCCUGGCAAGCCAGCGGCGUUCCUGUCAAGGAUCUAUUCGCAGAACGGACAUCUCCGCUGCAGGUUUUACUUGCGCAACUCCACAGAUCAGGCCAUUUAGAUCUGAAUCACCACCCCUUGUUCAACCCCACCAACCUCAACCAGCGGUUCGACAUGAAGUGCACCUCGGACGAUUAUGAGAUCCUGAAACAGCCAAUUGAGCUUGCCGAGGAACACCGCAAGGCUCUGCUCCGCGGAGAGCCUAUUCGGAUUCACUCUGAUCCUGGUUUGCUGAAGGACCGUUGUCUGAUCACUCCUCGCGGUUGCGUUCUUCGCCACCUGUCGCAGGAUGAGGAAGACCGGUAUCUAGCGCUGGAGAAAAGCAUCGCCUGGGCGAUUGAGUCCUUCCAAGAUUACUCUUCUGCUCCCAUCACGGAACCGGAUGUGACGAAUCGCGGUGGUGGUCUUGAUGCCCUCUUCGCCACGCCGGAGAACUUCAACAUUUGCUGGGCCGACGAUACCUCUGUUAGCCUUUCCUCAGUCUCGGCCUCGGCUUCGCUGGCUGGGCCUGAAGUUGGCAGCUCGUCUAGCGUCCCUGCUCCCCCCAAUGUUCUCUCGGCCAUGGAAGCGGACAGCACGCGUAGUCAUAACUGGGCCAUUGCCAAUACUGCGGAACUGGUGAAUGCAACUGCUACUUCGGUGCGCUCCUUUGCGGCUGCCACGGCUAAGCACAUGCUGGGUGCGGCUGGGGUGGUUGUGGGCAGUAUCCCGGACCUGGACGACGUAGUGGGUAUGACGGGAGAAGAAUUGCGCUCGUUUGCCGUCAAGUCGCAGAAAGAUCUCGAGUCGUCGCGCAAGGAACUGGACUCGAUCGACAAGAAACUCAAUGCGUUGGUGAAGCGGAACCGGAAGCUUGCGCAACAGGCUCUAGCUACCACUGUUGAUGGAUGA